AUGCCGAGAAGGAAAGGAGGGUUGCCGGACUGGCUGCUCCUCAAUGUCGUGGAGGAGGAGAGAUGGUACACGUACAUGGGUGGUAAAUGCAAACAAGCCGACAACAAGUGUUAUGAGUGGAAACACAAAGGCUUUGAAUUCAAGGGACGGGCCUGGGUGGACUCGACCCACGUGCCUUGUGAUCCGUCGUGGCCCUGCCGUGGGGACAACAAAUGGUGCUUCCGCGAAACCGCUGAGCCUCGCGCGGUGUGCUCCUAG